ACAUCAACUGAAAAUAGAACUGUAAGAGUAACAUUUGAAAUUAUGUAUCUAUCUGCAUUGUUAGUGUUAUUUUCAUAGUGUCUCGUCACUGUAACAGUUAUUCACACCAAAUCACUUAGGAGAAUCGUGGUGAUCAUUAUAUUAAUACAAGUCGCAUUACUGAAGCAGCGCCCUCUAAGGAGACCCUGGAUUGGAUGAUUUCUCAUCGUAUUUCGUUGGGCUAGCACAGAGGCUAGCUUGCUAACGAGCUGACGGAGGGAAGUGUCAGUGAAAGGGAAAGGAACAGAAAGGUAACGUUAGCUAAAGGUUAGCGGUCGUCUUUGACAGAACAUUGCGCUUGACCUUUAUGAGGACGAAGAUAUAUCCACAAGGCUGCUCACUGAGUUGCUGGCUUUUUUUCAGGUCACAUUUUCAACAUAUUUUUCAAAUUAUUAUUAAUUUGCUCAUAGAUUGUUCGCUUAACAAAUAAACUGGCUAGCUGAAUUGCUAGAUAGCUAGUAAUGGAGAGGCAAAUGCUUGUGCAGCAGCUAAACUGUGGGGAAUUUUGAAUAGCCAUGGCCGAUGCAAGUACUAGAGUGAUGGAAAAGGGCAGAGGAAGGAUUACAUCAGAUUCCGCUUUGAGAGGCGUCUAUCCUCAGCAGUAUCUUCAUCCGGCUACUCAAUGCAUAGAGAUUCAGGAGCUCGCCUCCAAGCGUGUCGACAUCCAGAAAAAGAGGUUUUAUCUAGACGUGAAACAGAGCGCACGGGGCCGGUUUCUCAAAAUUGCUGAGGUGUGGAUUGGAAGAGGCAGACAUGAUAAUAUCAGGAAGAGCAAACUGACGCUCUCCAUGUCGAUGGCCCCUGAUCUGAGGUACUGCCUGGGAGACUUCAUCGAUUAUUACGCGCACAUCGGGCUGCGGGGAGCUCAGGUGCCACGGGCAGAAGAGCAAAGCAACGGCCAAGGCCGGCCACAUGAUGCCCGUAGGCGACCGCAAGAUCACCACCAUCAAGCAGUACCAAACUCACCUACCGACUCGGCCGUUUCGGAAGAGCACACCCAUCGGGUUUUGAAGAGUGAAUUCAUAGAGAGAGAUAACAGAAAGUACUAUUUAGACUUGAAAGAAAACCAGCGCGGCAGGUUCCUCCGCAUUAGACAGACGGUCAGCCGAGGACACGGUACCAUGGGAUAUUACGGUCAGGGCAUUGAGCAGACCAUAGUGUUGCCAGCGCAGGGGCUAAUUGAGUUCAGAGAUGCGCUGUCGCAACUAAUUGAAGACUACGGAGACGAAGAAACUGACGAGAGAACCAGGGGCAACAGGAGCCAAGAUGAAUCACCGGAGCUUCCCGAGGCGGUAUCUUUCCGAGUGGACAACAAGAGGUUUUAUUUCGACGCAGGUUCCAACAGGUACGGCGUGUUCCUAAAGAUAAGCGAGGUACGGCAGCCAUACAGAAACACAAUCACUGUGCCCCUCAAGGCCUGGGCUAGAUUUGGGGAUAAUUUCAUCAGGUACGAAGAGGAGAUGCGACGCAUUUUCACCUGUCACAAGGAGAAGAGGACGCAGACACGCGCGGACAGUGAAGAUCAAGAGGAUUGACAACGGUUUCCUUUUUGGCCAGAGGGUUUGCUUAAGUGAUUGUGCGAUCCAAACAUAAAUGAAAAAUAUAAAUGUGACAAUAGCAUAGUUUGUUAAAAAUGUUUUGUUUUCUAAUAAUGUACCUCUAAAAUAAUGUACUGUAUGACUCUAGUCAACUAGCACUUUCAAAUUAAUAACUGUUGUUCCUGUUUCAUUCAUCAGUUUUUACAUCAUAAAUUGAAAAUUCGUACUGAAUGACGAUAAUGGGAAUAUAAGUAGUUCAUUUUUGCACAAUGAAAAUUAUAUUUGAGAUGUGGUGAUUUUAUUGUGUAUUCCAUGUAGGCGUAACCAUUGAAUUGAAAUUUGAAUAUUCAUGAAAUCGUAGAUGUUCCGAAGCUGGAAGAACUACGUUUUGUGAGUGGUUGCUUUCGGAUAUAGCCAGAGAUCAGCACGAUCAAAGAAAUGCAGAUGUAUAUAUAUUAGAUAAAUAAUAUUGAUAUAUUUAAUUACUAUAUUAAUACAUAUAUGAUAUAUGUGGAUAUUUAUACUGCAGACAUAUAUAUGUUUGUAUAUAUAAUCUAAGGUUGAUAGUGUGGAUGAUGUAUUUUACGUAUGGAAAGAGGUUGUUCAUUAUAGCCACCCCCAUAAGGUUUGGGCAAGGUUGAGGUGGUUGUAAUCAGUUGACAAAAUUGUGCACUUUAUGGAGUAUUCCUUCAGUGAACUUGCCCAUUUUGAAUCUAUUUAUACACUGGUGAGGUUAAUGUGCUUUUUUGGGGCUGUUGUGCAUCCUGUAGAGACGGUUCCCAUAGUCACUCAAAAGAAAGAUCAUUACUUCCUUGUUGACGUGUCAUACUGUGUGCACGCUGUGUACAAAAGGUCAUCUAAUGCCAAGAGAAAGCAAAAAAAAAAGCCAAGCAGAUGUCAAUCAAAGGGUUAAAAAAGUCACUCAGUGGUGUCAAUUCUGAGCUUUUUUUAAAUAUCUGUUUUAUAGAAGAAAAUUAAUUACACCAAUGAAUGUGUCACUAUGUUAUAACUUCUUACAUUUGGCACACUUCAGGGAGACGACCACCCUCAGAUUUACGCCACUGAUGAGCACACUAAUAGUUUUAUUUUGCCUUAAAGCCAUUCCUGACAGUUAGAGUCCUACUUGAAAUGAAAAUCUUAAGUUAAAAAUUAUGAAGCCUUUCAAAAUAUGAAAAAUGCACUUGAAUUAUCCAAACCAAGCCCUGUGGUUAUCUAAAUGUUUCAAGUUUUAACUGUUUUAAAGAGCGCAGCUUGGGAGCCUAUGACUAAUAUGACUUCUGUCUUAUCUCUGUAGAUUUGACCCUCCACCUGACAUUGUCUGAAGUUACAUUUUAGUCUACUGGAGAAUUAUUUAACAAUGCCACUUCUUAUACAUAUACGCUGGCCAUCUUUAUAGUGUCACUUCAAAUCUGAUUGGGUGUCUGACUUAUGUGAGCUUUAGCUGUUAUAGCUUAUGCAUUUUUUUCUUCUUAAAAAAUCUAUAACCAAUUUCCAUACAUGAUGUAAGAAUUAUGUCUGCCCCUAUAAUUUAGUCAUAGGUCAGAUUAUGGUCUACUCACUUUCGAUUCCCUUACCUGCAGAUAAAUUGUGAAAGAGAGGAAUUGCAGAGUUAUGAGUUACAGGAAUACACCACCAAAAAAAAAAAAAAGAUUUUUUUUAAAAUGUUAGAACAUUGAAAUUAUGUGGAGUUCUCCAUCUCAUCAUUCUCGCACCGUUCUCUCUGCUCUCAAGUCACAUAGCCCCAGAGAGUCUUCACAGCACACUGUGUAAAUGGAAAUGGAGUCUGGGGUUAUUCUUCUAUCUUAAGGAUACUACUGCUUUAUGCAGGCUCUGGUGCCUAAACAGUCUAGUAAGCUUUCAUAGUUACCAGUAAUGAAGCAAUGUGUGUGUAGUUUGCCCAUGGAGAUAUUUUUGUUAUUUGAAGAUUGUACUGGGGGCCUUUGCUUGUGUUCUCCACUGCAGCUAACAUAGGUUGCUUUCACAUGCUACCUAAUUGCUACUUGUACCUGCUCUCUAGAACCUGUCCUCAAAAGCAGUCUGGUUUCUGUGCAUCAGAUGGUGCUCCCAAAAUCACCCUCCUGAAUGUGGAUCCUUUUUUAUUCUUGGUAACUGUGUGCUUCAAUUUCAAAAAUACAUCGUAGUAAAACAUUUACAGACCUCUCCAAAAUUAUCUUUCAAACAUGCCAAAUUUGGUGCAAUCCACAGUGCAGACUGUUUACAUACAGCUGAUCUAGCAAAACCACAGACAGGCUCUGGAGUGCUCGGGAAAGGGUACGUGUUAAAGCACUUAUGGCUGUACAGCAAGCCACAUAUAAGCUACAUCUGCAUUCAGAAUUGGAUCUGGCAUCAAAGCAACAACAAAUCAGUUUGGUUCUCCUAAUUACAGAAAAGAUCUAGUCUAAUUCUUCUAACACAGUGAUCUAGGGGCCUACUGUAGGCACUUUGUGAAUAGUUGCCGGCUUUGGAUUCCCAAAACUGCUUUGGGACAUGAAAGGACAUGUGCCAAAUGUGUUAAUGUUAAGGAAUAAUGUGUGCGUUUUUCCCAGUGGAGUACUGCGUAGAUGUUUUUUGCUUGUCAUUGGUCAAAUGAUGUGAGAAAGUAGUGUGUGUAUAUUUUUGAAGUAACGCUGAAACAGAGAAUACCCCACACAGCACACUAUCCUCGCAUACGGUGCUUUUUAAACUAGCCUAUAUUUGACAAAGGUCUAUCAAAAUACCAAACUGGCUAAGUUUCAUAUGCUGACUCAUUUUUGUGAUCAGAGUCCUCUUCAAUUUCACACAACAAAGGAAAUAUGCUACAGUUAUAGGUUAAAAAAAGCAUAUGAACACUUCAUUCCCAUUAUGCACACUAUCUACAGUCGAGUUUCAUGAAAAGAUUUAUUUUUAAAUGCUCUCCUAGACUUUGUUGAGAAGAGAGCUUUGCAGUGUCAUCUAAGGCACAACAUUUCAAUGUCCAUCAUAUAACUGGUGAAAUAUUAAUAUUUUAUUAUUUGUUUCUUAAGCUUCACCAGAAUUGUAAACUGUGAUGGAGACUUAAAUAAUGAAAUAUUGUCAUUUGUUUCAUGUUGGGAAUUUUCCCACUUGAUCUUCAGUGAAUACUGAAAUCCUAUGUUCUCUUGGGACUGUGUUGAUUAACUGAUAUGGACACAUCACAUUUAAAUGUCAAGGUCCAGAAGAUUUACACUAGACCUUCUGGAGUGUCAGUUUAUCUUAUACAAAGAACAUGUGAAGGCAAGUUUCCAGUAUCCAUGAGGGUUCCUGAAGCAGUAACAUUAAACUUGCCAAAUCACCACCUAGAGAACACUAAUGUGGCAUUUCAUACUUGGCUUUUCAUCAUUUAUGAUGCAGAUUAGUCAAAAUAGUCUUUGAUUUCUGACCCUCACCACAAACGUCUGAACAGGGCAGUACAAAAACACAUUUUAAAUGAGAGAGUGAUGUAAUUUAUACUAAAAUUGCAUGAAAAAAAUGACAAGGAGUUCAUUUACAAAUACCUGGCUUACUAGUGUUCAGUGCAAAGCAAAACCUGACGAUUAUUCUGCUUUAAAGGGCUUUCGUGCAUUCUUUGAUGGUGAUUUUAUGUGUAGAGCUUCAUAUAAAAUUUAAUUGUUUUCCAAAAUUUGUUACCAGAGUAUUUCUGUAGAGAAAAAAAUAAUAAUACAAUGUGUUUUGAGUGCAAUCUUUCCCUUACAUUUGAUGACUGCAAAGCUAUGUAAAAUACCGUAAUUUAGUAUUUAGAUUCCUCUAUUUAUUGCACUCUUUAUUAAAGUUAAUCCAGAUUUUUCUUUCUGUGUCUGCUUAGGUGAAGCAUCUUAUCAUUCUUUUUGGCCAACUGUAAAAAGCCAUAUUCCUUGUGGUGUAAAUAUUUGUUUUUCUUUCUUGUCCAACAUGAAAGGCUCGUUUUUCAUUGGACAGUAGGCCUAAUGAGGACAGAAUGCACGUAUGAAGAAUGCACUUUCUGUUGUAGGACUGAAUAUAGUCGGUAUUGUUUCACUGGAGAUUUAAUGAUAUGUUCCCCUUCCAGCCGAACCAUUGUUUAAGCGUUUGUCCUUGUACAGUGAGUGUGUGUGUGUGUUCUUGUGUGCAUUUUCAUUUUAAAUGAAAGCAAGGCUUUUCUCAGAUAGCUUUUCUUCUAUUUAGAGCUUGAGCAGACCAGCCAUUCUCUCCCAGUGAGACAGUCUGCAUGUUCAGGUGAUUAUGUAGUGCUACAGCAACAUGCAAAGCACAAUAAUGUUCAUCAAGUUUUUAUUUGUGUCUGAAAUGAAAACAAAACUGUUUAUUGUAUACAAUUAUUUAUUUAGAAUAAUCAUGUAAAAUGUAAUAUCAGCAUCCUCAAAUAUUUGAAAGGGACAACUAUAUGAAUCAAAUACAAUUGUUAAGAAAACUUUAAAAAAUCUAGAAGUGCAAGAAUUGUUCUGUGCUAGUCACUUGUAUUAUUUGAAACAGGCUUUAAUCUAGUGGUCAGAACUACUUUUUGAAACAGUUGACAUAUCUUUCUGUAGAAGAAAAACUAUGCUUGUCCAGCACUCAUCAGUAUUUCCUUAAAGGCAUACUAUGCAGGAUUUUGUUAGCUUUGCUGUGGUCCUGUGACUACAAUUAAAGGAGUUUCCUCCUCAAUCGUCAACCCUUCACCCUGAGUACCCCACCUAAUGUAGCUAGCUGGAUAGCUAGAGGUAAUGUUACUUACAGGUCCAACAGAAAACAAGCUAACUUCGCAUCACUUUUCAUCCCCUUGGCAAACUUCCGCUGAGGCCACUGAGGAAAAGCAAUUCCAAUAUUAACUCUAGUUCUUGAACGAGCCCUGUCGGCUUGUCUUUUUGCUUUGCUGCUUCUGGGCAGGUAGCUGGCUAGCAACAAACCCUCCCAGACCAUAGGCUCUGUAGCCACACCCACCCCACACAGAAAAGAGCCCAGAAACGUCAUGAACACAUUUUAGAAUAACAAACACAGGUAAAGGCGCACAAAUUUGGUGCUUGAAGUACUUUAAGACAGAGAUUGCUAGUGCAUCAGAGAUAUGCCUUAUCAUGAUUUUUUAAAUAAUAUUUUCAUGGAUAAAAAUCCAGCAUAGUAUGCCUUUAAAUUGAAAUGUAUUUUCUCGGGGGGGGUGGGGGGUGUGGGGGGGUAUGAGGUGUCUAGCUCAUUUGCUCUACCUUAAUUGUUGCACCUGGUAACAGGCAUUCUGUAGGCAACCAAUAGUGCAACAGAAGCAAGUGGCACAUUCCGUGAAGGAGCACUUUAAAACAAACAGCACUUUUCUCUGCUGCUUUUAUACAACUCACUAGGAAGGACACCAACACCAAAUGCAUUGGUUUCCUUCACUUGUGGGAUCAAGGAGACAAUCUUGCUCGUAGUGGCCUGGCAAAGUAUCCAGCGCUUACUACUUUGUUGGCUCAAUCAUUGCUAUGAAGAUGAGGUCACUCCCUGCCCUGGUCCUGGGAGGCUUUAUAGUUUGAGCACUCUGCCUUUGGCUUUCAGUGUCAUCAUUAAACUAAGCCAAUCCGCACUACUUCUGAGAUUUAGCGGACGGCAGACAUUAAACGGAACUUAGGACCCCUGUUCUGUGAGAUGGCCACGCCGUGUUUGCUUUUGCUUGUGGUUUUUAACGGCAGUGUAAUGGGAAGGAGAACAUCGCUCUCCAUGUCAUCGUGAAAACACACGGCUGUGGCUUUUUUAAUUCAUUCAUGUUCCGCAUUCAUUUAUUUAUUUGAUUUUACAUUCCGGAUUGUGUUAAUUUUUAGGAUUUAAUCCAGGGUGUACAUCACUAAUAAUCACAGAAUGAUAAAAUGAGUACUCCUGUAGCAUUUGAAUCUUCACUCAUGUUCAGGUUGGUAGUUUCCAUAGACAAUGUACUGAACAGUCGAUUUGUUUUUUAAAACCCAUUCAGAGUAUAGUGUUGAAUAUUGGCAUUUGUUGGCAUUUGAAAUACAUCUACAUGAUUCCAUGCAUCAACGUGAAUCUGAAAACAAGCACUUUAUAUUCCAUGUGCACUUGGGUUUCUUUUCUUUUUUCCCUCCUUUUCUCACCCCACCUAAAAUAAUAUAAAAUGUACAAAAGAAAUGAAAUAUUAGCAUUGAGUCAAAAUAUUGACUGACAUACAGUUGCAUUUAGCUUCAUUUAUUAUAUUAUAUUUGUGUAUUUUGUGAAUUGUAUGUCUGAUGUUUCUGUUUUUUUCCUAUUUAGAACUCUGUAUGUGUUUGUGGAGGGUGGAUUUAUAUACAGAUGUUUUAUACAAUUACUUUUUUCUUUUUGUAGAGGCUUUUCAAGUGGGACCCAAGAGCAUGUCCAAAAUAAAAUCCAAAACAAUUUUGCAAAAGGAACCAGUUGUAAAAUUGUAAUCCCCACAUUUGGCCUAUUGGAUUUAUAUAUCAAGAAGUUCAUUAAGUAUUUUUUUUAAUAUUCUUCAUGCAUUUUAAUUUAAUUUGUUUGCUCAUCAGCCAGCAGUACUAAACAGCACUAUUAUAUCUUUAAAUGAAAUCUGAAAAACAGUGAAGUCCACAUGGUUUUAUGCUGUUUUUGGCUUCUAGGGUUGUGUGCAAUACUCAUCCAUAAUUUCUUUCUCUCAUUUAAAAAAAAAAACACUAUUUAAGUAGAAAAUAUGUACUAUAUUGUUCAGCUUUGCACUCAAUGUUUGAAUGCUUUCGAUUUUGGGACUGUUACACUAAAAAUUAAUAUCUCAAAGGUUCCAACCAUAAGCCUUAACAACAUGUUUCAAUUUGAUUGUGAUAUUUUUAGUUUUAGAUGAAGAUUGUAGAAUUUAUGUUUAACUACUGUGUAACUGAAGAAAAAAAAGUAAGAUUAAGCACAGUAAGAUUAUUGGUGAGAAAUAUGAGUAACAGACCUCCACUGUACAAAUCACAAUCAAAAGGUAAAGUUUGAAAGAAAAGAAUAGUGUUCUUUCUCAUAAAAUAGUGAUUACCAAAUCCACAAGGAUCUUAUGUCAACCAGAUUAAAUGAGUGGUGAGAUGAAAAUUGUGGCAGUCCAGGCUUCACUUUACAAUGAAAGCCUCUUUAGUGUUACUGAGCUGAACUUAUGUAGGUAGUGUGUUGUGCAAGUAUGAAUAUUGAAUAAGCUUUGUUUUGUUUUUUUGUUUGGUUGUUUGUUUUGGAGUUUUUUUUAUUUCUUUUGCUUUGUUUGUCAUGCCAUUCCUGCAGCAGUUGGAAUUUAGAAUCAUAAGUGUUUGAUAAUUUUUUUUUUUUAAUGGUGGAACAAAAAUGUUUUUGUGUAAUCUUUGGGUAAAUGAUUGUGUACAACAUUAGCUUGUCCUCUUAUAGUCCUAUAGAAUAAUAUAAGACUCGAAACAAGAAAGCAAUUGUUCUGUAUUCUAGCACUUUCUUUAACGUGUGUACUGUAUUAGUUCAUGUUCUACACGUAUGGUACUGUAUGAUUAUUCAUUAAUUGCCUUGUAGUGUUUGUAAAAGGUUGCAAAAUGUAGGAUACUUAUGUGAGAAAUUCCACGUUUAUGAAUUUUUGCAUGCCAACAGUUGGGUCCAAACAAAAGAUAAAACAUACAUUUAAAAAUGGUGCUAUAUUCUAAAACAUAAAGGUGCUGAUGUGGACCCCAACUGCAUGCAUGUUGACAGGAAAUAAAUUGUAAAAAAUAAAAAUAAAAAAUAAAAAAAGUGAAAGAAAACUUGAAAAUGGACAUUUUCCUCAAGUGCAGAACUAAAAAAUGAAUGGGAAAAUGUCCUUUCCUGAAUGCACACAGUUCAGCGUAAUUGUAAAUUCCAUACACGCCGUUGAUAGAAACUACCACUCUCCUAUACUUCCUGACCUUCUGUCAGUCUGAACUGGCAGUGGUCCACAGUGAACACUUUGUAAUUGCACAUUCAGAGGCUUGCAAAUAUUGUGCCUCAACUAAAUUUGUAGUCCGAUGUGGCACCAGAGUGCGCCCUUCUGUAACGUUUGCUGAACCAAAAUCAUUGCACUUACGUGAAGCUCAAAAAAGCGCCUCUUCUGCCAGACUUGCAUUCCUGUAAGCUCUGUGAGCUGACUCACAGAGCAGCAGCCCACAGUAAGUGCAGGUGUCGGAUGCUGCAGCCAGUGGUAUUAUUCCAGUUGACAAAACCAAUUUGUGUGUCCCGGUCAAGAAAUUUAUCACAGCCCACCAGAUCGGCAAUGCUUGUAUACAGUUACCCUGCUUCUGUGUGUAUUUCCCAAAAGAUCCAUAUAGACAAUCUUAUGAACUAAAAUGUUUUUGUAUGGUUAUGAUUAAAUCAUUUGAUUCUUCUAUAAGCAGCUUUUACAUGUAGCAGGGUUUGGUUUUGGGGAAUGGGAAGUGGGGAGGGGGGUGAUAUACAAAAAAAAAAAAAACAGAGCUGAUAAUAAUGGCAACAGAUGUUGUAUUGGUUGUGAAAAAAGGAAAAUGUGGAUAUGUUACAUUAGUAUUUGCCAUCACUAUUUUAUUGUUCAAUAAAAGUUAUUCAUGAUUAAUCAAA